GAGUUAUCAUAUUUUUUUGUUAAUUACAUAAUGUUAAUUACCUACCCUGUAUUAGAAAUAUAUUAUUCUAUUCUUAUUUUAAUGAAUAUUAAUAUCGAUAUAAAACGAUCAGUUUUAUUUUUGAAUAAUUCGUAUGGUAAUGAACAUACUCCAUACUCUUGAUAUCUGACAUUGACAAGUGACAACAUACAAAUGCCAAAAACCGUAGAUGUGCGUGUGACUUGACGGCAAAUUUGUAAACAUACAUUACUUAUUCUCAUAAAUACCUGGAAAGUAAUUAGAUUAAAAAUAUAAAGCAUUAUUUUUCGAUGAUGAUCUCCAGUCAAUGCUAAGUAUACAUACAAGGUCUUAACACGCACCGUGCUGUAUGUUCAAUAAACCGUAAAGGUAACUAGGUUAUUUUAUAAUGUGUGAAGAAUUGAAAGUACUAAAACAAGGGGCAGAAGCGAAGUUGUAUAUUUGCAAUUAUUUAGGAAAACCUACGUUAAUAAAAGAAAGAUUUAAGAAGAACUACAGGCACCCUGAUCUAGAUGAAACCAUAACUAAAGAAAGAAUAAAAAAUGAAGCAAGAUCCAUCGUGCGUGCUAAAGCAGCAGGAGUUAGGACUCCAACUUUAUAUUUAGUCGAUUUCGAGCGACGACGUAUUUAUAUGCAGCAUUAUGAAAAUAGUAUCACAGCAAAAGAUUUGAUCAUACAAAUAAAAAAAAUGGAAACAGACAAUAUUGCCAGCCUCGAUGCUGUUGCCCGAAGUAUAGGUGAAACAGUUCGGAAAUUGCAUGAUAACAACAUUAUUCAUGGUGAUUUGACUACUUCUAAUAUAUUGCUUGUUGAAAAAAAUCCCAGUUCAAGUGAAUUAAGAUGGCUUGAUCAUGACAAUAUUGAGAUAGUUAUGAUUGACUUUGGCCUAUCUCAUGUGGAUUCAAGUGCUGAAGAUAAGGGUGUAGACUUAUAUGUGCUAGAAAGAGCCUUAAUUAGUACACACAAUGAUUGUCCUGAUCUAUUUUCGAAAAUCUUUGAUGCUUAUAAAGGUUAUAGUAAAAGUAACAUAAAGGAAAUUAUAAGUAAGUUUGAAGAAGUAAGAGCCAGGGGAAGGAAGCGAACUAUGGUUGGAUAACAUAUUAUAUUAUUGUAUUAAAUAUUUUAUAAGUUA